AUGUUCCCCUCUGAACCGCCUGUUGUAUGUGAAUUUGACUGGGAGUUUGACGAACUUCAGGAAUUUGUCGAUAAACUGGUUGAAGAAGAACAAUUACCAGCUGAACAGAAGGAUGAAUUCAAAGAAUAUGUCAAAGAGCAAGUUCGAGCAGCUAAGAAAGCAAACCGAGAGGCGAAAGAGGCUCGAAAGAAAGCCAUAGAAGAAAUGAGUGAAGACACCAAGCAAGCCUUUCAAAAGAUGAAGUUCUACAAAUUCUACCCUCAGCCUUCACCAGAUACACCAGACGUCUCUGGUGUCAAGUCGCCGUUCAUUAACCGGUACUAUGGAAAAGCUAAUGAAGUCCUUUGAAGUAAUCAAAUCUUUCAGAACUCAGAAUAGCUUUUCUUGGCAGCUUCAACAGUAUUGAAACUUAUCUAGUCACAGGUGCUCUCAGAAACUCUUUGAGCUAUUAUUAUAGGGAGUUAAAAAGUCAAGUUUGGGCGACAAAAAGUGUCUUUUGUUACAUUUAUGAGCUUGUAUUCUCUCCUCUAGAAAUACUUGAGAUCUUUAGAAGAGUCACGGGAACCAAAUUCUUUUUGCGGAAAAUUGGAGACAGCUUUCUUUAUAUUUCAAUUUCAACCCUUGAAGUUUUUUUCA